GUUCCAUUUUUCAACAUGGGCAACAAGAACAAGAGAGACAACAAAGCCGGCUCGAACUCGCAGGCAGGCACGGACGCCGGUAACGGCGCUCUUAAGACCCCCUCGCACAACCCCAAACCCAGUCCUCCGCUGCAGUCUACACAGCAGUCUGUCAAGAAACCGUCCACCAACGGUAAACAGCCCCAGCGGCUUGCCACCGGUGACGCUUCUCCCAGCUCUAAAGACUACGCUGGCGCCGCCCGCAACGGAACUGGGAAGGGUGGCAGCUCCAGCAAUGGAGGUGGCAGCUCCAACAGUGGUGGGGGUGACCCCAGCAACCGCUUCGCAGCACUGGGAGAAGAGAACUCACCCAGCAAGGCCGGCGGUCGCGAGGAAGGAGAGAUCCCUCCGGACGACCCCACACGCGCACUGGCUGCAGACGUUCUCGCGAAUCUCCAACAAGCAGCCACCACUGCUGCUCCCUCCAUUCCUGCCCCUGCUGGGAACUUCUUGGCGCCCUUCAUCAUCUCAAGCUUGAAGCAGGCGCGUGACAACAAGGAGGAACCGGAACCUUGGAUCAUGCGCCUAGUCCUGGGAGCUCCCGUGCAAGACGCGACACUCACUCAGGUGAAACCAACCAACUACCAGUUAAACAUCUAA